GUCACAUAACUCAGGUUUCUGGUAUUGCGGGAACAAGUUUUAGUUUUAUGUCGAGUUUUAAUUUAUCGUGUGCAUCUGAAGUUAUUCUGUUGUUCUCUGACAAUCUUGCAGGCUGUAUGAUGGACUGUCUAUGGAGGCGAUAGAAGCACUUUUAUAUUAAGUGUAAAGUAUGGCAAUGGUACAGGAAGAAGAGGACUGCUUCAUCGCCUUUUUCCCUACGGAGGCACCCGCUUACGGCGGCGAUUCCAUCGAGGUCGAAUUCUGCCGCGACAUACAGCUACCACCAGAGGGCAGCAUAUUCCUCGUGUACGAGGGGAAGCGGGUGCGACACGUCACCGGUGUCCGCCUGGUGGACAAUGGCAGCACACUUCACGCCAUCAUCCCAGAACACGUCUGCGAAGAGACCGUCUCGCUCUCAGCAUACGUCGGCGACGACGGCGCCCCCACGCGGCGCGUUUCCAGCCGCGACGCCUUCAGCUACGUCUACGAUAAUGUCUGCCAGAUGGCGCUGUACCUGGCGCGCGCCGCUGGCGACGCGGACGCGCUGGCGGGAGCGCGUGCGGUGAAGACGGAGAACUUCAGCGCUGCGCAGGUGCUGCGCGUGCCGCAGGCAGACGAGAAGCUGGCAGCCUGCUUCCGCCGCUUCGACGAGCUGGCAGACGACCAAUGCUCCGUGUUCACGAGCUGUGAUAGCGAUACAGGUUUUGAAGGCGGACAGGGGGAGACACUACUGCACGUGGCUGCUCGACUUGGUCUGCAGCAGCUGGCCACCUACUUGCUGAGCCGCGAGGGAGCGAGUGCAGCCAUCAAGCAGCGCGGUAGCAAUGGCUGCCUGCCUCAGGAUGAGGCACUGAACGCAGGACUCAUCACUCUAGCCGAUGUCCUGUCAGAGUACACGAGCGGCCGCCGACAACUACAGAGUGAUGUUACGGAGGCUGCGAGCGGAGCGGUGCUAAUACGCAGGACCCGGCUCGGAACACACGAACUCUCUACCGACACAGCACUCACAUCGCGUGCAAUCGGCAGUGUGCGGCGGGCGCAGGCGAGCGGGGCAGACGCAACUACGUCAACCUUCCCCCGCCAGUCGAAGACGAAUUGCGGUGGAGAUGGGUUUUUCUCACGCACCGGAAUGAGAGCGACGACGUUUGGCAGAGAGCGAUAA